GAAUGAUAAUAUUAGUCUUGCCCCGGAAGUGUUGUUGCAGCAGCCGGCGAGUUGAAUGAGGAAGAUGGCAGAAUCGGAAGAGGAGGUGGACGUUUUGGUUCAGAGGGUUGUCAAAGACAUUGCCAACGCCUUCAGGAGGAACCCCAACAUUGAUGAAAUUGGUUUGAUUCCAUGUCUUGAAGCCAAGUACAAUCGGAGUCCCAUCGUUCUGCUGGAAAAUAAGCUUGGGAUAGAAAGCUGGUGUGUUAAACUACUUCUUCCCUGUGUCCAUAGCAAACUCGUCCUCUACAGACAAAGGAAGCUGUGGUUAGACAGGGAUGCGCUGACUGAUCUCACUUGUACGCUACUGCUGCUAAAUCCAGACUUCACAACCGCCUGGAAUGUCAGAAAGGAACUGGUGCAGUUGGGAGCUUUAGAUCCAUUUAAGGAUUUGUAUCUCGGAAAAUUGGCCCUAACAAAGUUCCCUAAAAGCCCAGAAACUUGGAUUCACAGACGGUGGGUAUUUCAGAAAGGCAUCCAGGAAAUCUGCCUUCCGAAUUCGAGGAAUAACGCUAACUCGGGGCUGGUGUCGACUGAACAAAUGUACCGAAUAAUCCAGGAUGAAAUGGCUGUCUGCUCAGCAGCUGCCGGAAGAUAUCCGAGUAAUUACAAUGCCUGGUCCCAUCGCAUCUGGAUCUUGCAGCAUGUGGCAAAGUGCAAUCUUAAGAUCCUUCUUGAUGAAUUGUCCAACACCAAGUACUGGGUCUCCACUCACGUUUCUGACCACAGUGGUUUCCACUAUCGUCAGUUCCUGCUGAAGUCUGUGGCUGGCAAUUCUAGAAGCGCCGCUGUUGCAAACGCUGGGAUGUUUGUGAGGAAGUCUUCAAAUAAAGAUCAUUGUGCCAGUCUUCCAACCCACAUGAAGGAGGAAGGUGCAUCUGUAGAGACGCACACCAUUGAUGUGCCCCUCAUGAUAGAAGAGGAAAUGGAGCUUUGCACUGACCUCAUUGAGUCGUAUCCAGGUCAUGAGGCACUCUGGUCUCACAGGAGGUGUGUGUUUUACCUUUGGCAUUGCUGGAACAGAGAGCGUCUCCAGGUCCCGUUGGACUCCAGCAUCGGGAGUGAUGGAACGAUGGACAAUGUAGUGAUGGCCACUGCAGGCGGUCACUCCUCUCGAGGCAUGGACGUCGAUGGUGUGGCCUACAGCGUCAAGCAAGGCUACACACAAGAGAUCAAACGCCUCAAACGUGGCCCUUCACUAGACUUGCACAGCUUGCUGGAAGAACACCGAUUCAUUGAUGCAAUCCUAGCCAGUUGCACUAAUUUAGAGCAAGCCAGAUUUGCUACUGCUUACAGAAAAUGGUUAGACACGGUUAUCGGUCAGUAGUUGAGUUUAAUUCGAAUGUAUUUAAGUUGGUCUUAACUCCGGUUCCCUACCACAAGAUUCUGUUUUGAGCAGCUAUGUUGCAUGACACCCUUUUUUAUAAGAGAACAUUCAUACCUUGAGUUUAACUUAAAGGGGUAUUAACUGGAACUGGUCAUUGUAGCUUUUUUUAAAAAAAAUAUUUUGUGGAGGCUUGUUAGACACACUCUUGAAGAAGAAAACCUGCAAACCGAGAUGUUAUAAACAGUUAUUUUUCAAAUUUCAGUGUUAGAGAGGGUCUUCUCACUUUACAAAUGAAAAUAUUCACCCUAACUUUGUGCUUUUAUCCAUUUUAUUUCUGUAUGCAUAAAUGAUCAACAAUUGAAUCUCUUUUUUUUAUAAAUACACUUGAAGCUGCAUGAAAGUAUACAUUUGUUUUUCCUAACUACCCAGCAGGGAAUCAGGCUUGACAGUUUGAAGAUGGUCCCGUGGUAAAGACUUUAAGCGUGUACAAAAUAUCUGCAAAGUUAUUGAUUAUCUCCCUAUUGGUGCAGAAUAUCUUUUUUUUUGUGUUUUCAACUUCUUCCUGUUUGUAAUCCAGCCUAGCCGUGACUUUUUUUCAAUUGGCAUCUCCCUGUUUAAAGUUAUAUUGCGGGAUAACUAAAGAUCCAUUCUUCAGGUAAUCUCUUCUGGCAGUGCAAUGAGUGCUUCUUUCGAGAACAGUGUUUGGUGGUAAUUUUGUAUCCUAUUGCACAGGGUACACAUAUCCAGUUGCACUCUUUUCCCCCUAGAGGGCAUAUUUUUGCUACUGGCUCUAAGGCUGAUGUAACUGAUCUCCUUCAAAACGAGGCUUGAUCAUAAAUGGCACAGAUUAAAAGAGAAGGUAUUAUUGAAUAAAGAGAUGCUGUGGCGUUAAGCUAUGAUCUUGCUCCUAUCACCAUCAGAAAACCUAUCCUUACCUGGUCUGGCCUACGUGUGACUUCAGACGCACAGCAAUGUGGCUGACCCUUAAUUGUCCCUGCAAGCCACUCCAUUCAAGGGUAAUUAUGGAUGGGCAAUGAAUGCUGCCCUUGCCAGCGCUGCCCACAUUCCCAAAAUAGAAUUUUUAGAAACGCACUUUCAAGUGACGCAAGUUCCAGCCAAUGAAAUGGGGAAACCUAGAACUAAGAUACACUUUGGAGUCAUGAUCGCUCGUUGUAGUACACCGGUAUAUCUUAACCAGCUUAAAAGGAAGAUUUACAAGCUUUGAAAUGAUGAGGAAUAUCAUUAUUUGCUCUUUGCUCCCCACCCCCAUAAAAUCAAAAUGCAUUAAAGUGUGAUGCAGCAGAAUCAUUAAAUGAUACAGCAGAGGAGGAGGCCAUUCAGCCCCUCAUACCUGCAUCUAGUCUUCUGAAAGAGCAAUCCAAUUACUCCCACUGUGCCUCUUUCUCCACCGCAUCCGCACCCUGCCCUUACUCUUCCUCCAUAGUUCUGGCAAUUUAGCCCCUUCAAGUAUUUAUCCAGUUCCCUUUUUUUUUGAAGUUUACAACUGAAUCUGCGCCCGCUGCCCUUUCUGGCUGUGCAUUCCAAAACAUCAUAAUUCCCUGCUUUUCUCUAGAAAGAAAUAUUUGCUCAUCUCUCUCUGUUUUUGCUGUUUGCUUUAAGUUUACAUAAUUUGAACACUAACAUUUCCAUUCCUCAUCCCGAAUAAGCUUGCUGGUCUCUGAAAAGUUAAUGGUUUGUUGAAUUUUGUUGUUUCAACUUGUGAGCAAAAAAACAGAACCCUCACUCCCCAAAGAGAGCUUUUUAAAAAAACACUUGAAUUUCAGAUUCUCCCAAAGGAGAGAGGUUCUUCCAACAAUAGCGAUAUUAUUUUGCACAAUUUCAAGUAUAGGAAUACAGUUGUGGCAUGUAUCUGGUCUGCAAGACACUACAAAACUCUCUUCAAAUCCUCAGUCGUAAUUUCUUAAAACUAUUAAAUGGUCAUUUCUGAGUAAAGAGGCAUAAUUUUAUCUAAACAUGAGCAAAUACAAGUUCUCAGGUGUCAUGACUGCUUAACAGAUUGAUUCUGGUUUUGCUUCCUCUGCUCUGUGCAAGGAGUAUACCAUGGAGAGAAGUUCCAAUAACAGACCAAAACUGGAUUGAUGCGUAAGAUGUUCAAAUUAUUGAGCUGGAAGUUAAAUAAUUCUUAUCUCUUUGGGCAACAUGUAUUCAGAUGUUUGGAUUGAGAACAAGAUGGUUGAAGUGUAUUAAGUGUUUUGCUGUAAGAACAGAUAUGUCAAAGCUUGUCAUCUUGCACUCAGGACACUUUGCAAGAACACUAAUACGGGGGAAAGCUGCAUAUAUUAAUACAAAGGGCCAUGUUCUUUGCAGACAGCCUAUUGCACCUGUUUCAGCUAAACAAAGUAAGCCAUUUGCUGACUCUCCUCUGGUCAAUGCCUUGACCAAGCAGGGUCAAGUCGCCUGGUUUAAAUUUCCAACAAUGCUUGGCCAGUCACCAUCAAUUGGUGCAUUCCCCAUGGUAACACCUCUACCAAUCAGCACUCCCUCUAUUGUUCUCCCCCUAUAUUGAUAUUCUUGCGAAGCGUCCUGAUGAGUGCAAGACAAAAAGCUUCGACUUGCCUCUUUUGUCAGCCGUACUCAAGUUCUGUACUACCAAACAAUUAUAAGUAAUUGUGUAGGCUAGAUUAGUGAAGCUUACUUUAAAGUCAGCCCGACUUGUAAACUGGCUAUGUUUAAAUUAUCAUUGUAUGACUUAUUUCGGUUCAAAACAAAUGAAUGCAGCCACUAAAUUAUUUUGAUUAAAAUUAAAAAGUUGGGUCAAGUCUAGGCCGAUGCAUUGUGAAUGCCCCCUACUUCUUCCCUUUGUCUCAAAACUAGCAAGAAUAAAUUGAAUGGCACUGCAGAGUGCACUUGUAGGAAGUGCUGGUGAAAUGAAGAGUUUGUAUCUGUGUAAUAGGAACAUGGGGAGGUGGAUCAUUAGUUUGCAGAAUUAAUAGUAUAUGUCAGAAUUGCACCCACUUAAAGUUUUGCAUCUUAUAUAUGUGAAGCUUUUUUUUUUAGUACAGGCCCAAUAUCUUGUUUGUAAUUUAAACAAAUAUAAUGUGUGUUAUUAACAGUAAAUGCAUUGAGGCUGCCAGACCUGCUGAGUAUUUCUAGCAUUUUCUGUUUUUUUUUAUUUCAGAUUUCCAGAAUCUGCAGUAUUUUGCUUUUAUGAUAGUUUGUACUUGUGUGUCGAUUCCAUUGGAUUGCUACUUGAGACAUGACUAUAUAGCGAACUAUUCCUUUCCCCUCCCUGCACAACAUUAUUUUCAGUGGACUUUUUCUUUAAAAAUAUCAUCUAUUAUUAACAUCUACAGGAAUAUCUGAUUUUUUAAAAAUUUACCCUUUUGCCUUUCAUAAAUUUCUGUUGGGUAAUAUGAGCUACAUCAUGCAGUUCCUCUGUACAAUUUCUAAAGACAUACUAAAAUGUUAAGAAAUAAUUCGUACGGAUCUUUAAGAUAAUAAAGAAGCAAUAUUGAAAGAAACCUCACUAUUUAGUACUGUAAAGAAAUUGGAAAUUAAUAGAUCUUGGCAGCUUUAUGGUAUUAAACUGUACAGUCUAUAUUUACAGUUACUGUUGGAAAAUGGUGCAAAAUUUUCUUUUGCUUGUCUUUCGUUGGAACUCAUUUUUGGGAAUGUUUUUCCGUAGUACUAACUACAUUGAAAAGUUCACCUUUUAAAGUUGAUGUAUGUCUUUUAAUUAACUUGAUAGCACUUUUAACGUUUGCUAGCUUUCAAAGAGUUACAUUUGCCGCCUUCAAAUAUAGACUCAAUGUAAACAUUUUCUACCAAUAUUUUGAAAUACAUUAUGGGAGCAGUACAGCUGUCUUGCGAUGUAGUAAUAGCACUCUUAUCUACGCAGUGACUUCCUGUUGUUCAGGGACGGGAAGGCGGGUAGAAUAAGAAGAGGGGCCAAGUGUAGUCCAGGUAGCCCCUCUACAAGAAGGAAGGGGAAUGGUAAUAGUUGAAUUAUCACAGGCUGUUUGGAGCGGAUAUCUUUGUUAUGGGGAGUUUUAAAAAAAAAACAGAAAAUGCUGUAAACACUCAGCAGAUCAGGCAGCACCUAUGUGGAGUGAGAAACAGAGUUUUUUAUGUUUCAGGCCGAAGAUCUUCUGUCAGAACUGAAAGAGGUGUUAAGCAGGGAAAGAGGGUGGUGGGCGUGAAUAAAACCAGAAGGUUAGGGAUUCUUAAUUUCUAGGGUUGUAUUCACCACGGUCUGUUCAGGCUAGAAGGCAGGAGAGAUUAGAUGACAAAAGGGAUAAUGGUGUCAGGCAAAAGGAGAUGGUCAUGGGUAAAGAAAAAAAGAUGGGUUCAGAGGAACUGCAGUCUAGAAAAAAAUGGAAGCACUAGUUAUGAUUUGAAGUUGAAUUCAAUGUUUAAGCCUGAGGGCUAAACGCUGAAUUGAAAGAUGGGAAUUAGUGUCAUAGGGACCAAAAAGAAAGAAGAUUUUUUUCCCCAAGCUGGGAGGGUACCAAAAUGUAACUUUCACUCCAACCAUCUCCCAGAUCUUGUUGCUAACUUAAAAAGAAAACCCAGAAAAAUACAGUUUGUAGAAAAAAGAUUCAUAUGAAGAGCCUUUGGAAGAGUUGAAAGAAGAUAGCUUUAGAACUUGUUCUGGCAGUUUUCUGUUUGAAGAAAGAAUUCAAGCCUGUAGAUGAGAAAAUGGUAUAUUUUAAUCCAAUAAAUUAUCCAUUGGAGCAAAGGCUUCCAGUCAGAUCUGCUUAGUUUUACCAACUGCCUACAUGAGGUUCUGGUAACCGUAGCUGAGCUCUCUAUAAGUUUGAGUAAUGCUGCGUGCUAGUCAUGUUCCAGUACUAGAAAGAUGGGAAAUUCUGUAGAAAGAGCCUCAAAACACAAUAGUCCUAUGCAAGAGGUUUUGUUAUAGCUAUCAUCCUGUUUGUGCCAUUGAGUGGCACAGAAUGCUAUAGUGCUGCUCUGUCAAAAUUAGUAAUGUUAUAUGGUAGUGGCAUUUGUUAUUUAUUGUUAGGUGUGUUUUAUACCUGUACACAGAUUUAAAAUCCAUAUUUGGAAAGUGAUGUGGUUGUUAUGCUGAAUUGUAAAUUAACUUUCUAUUUAUUCUGUAGUGAGAUGCUUUUAAUAAAAAUGUUCUCUGUAUGAUUUA